UGUGUCCCCGUCUGAGCCCCCACGCUCUCUGGCUGCCCUUGCAGCCCUCCACUCAGGUUGGCUGUCCUCGUGGGACUUGGGUAGAGCUUCACUGGGAGCGUCCAGGCCUAGGUGAGGGUCACACCUGCUGCAGGCAGACUGCAAGUGUGAGCCUUCUGGGUAAAAAAGAUUCAAAGAUUGAGAUUUUAAUGAAACACUUAUUGCCUAUGUGAUGAAAAAAUGAAAUAUUUCUUCACAUUAAUACUGAUGGAAUACCUACUUAUUGUGCCAGGGAUGCUGCUAAGUACUUUCACAAGCACUCUUGCCUUUCUCAGCCCAAGGGGAAAGGCAGAGUUACCCCAUUUACAUGAUGAGAAAACUGAAGCUUCAUGGGGUUAGGCAGUGUGUACAUGCACUGUCUGCGGCUGCUUCUCUCAUGUGAGUGGCUCCUGGCACACAGCUGUUCUCUUUAGCAUGUAUCUUGUGCCCAGUGACAGCACAGAACUUGAGGUGGCAGUAAUUUUAAUUCUUCCUUAUGGUUUGAAUAUAACGUGUUUUUAUGUUUUUUGAAAUAUUCCAAAUAGAAGCAGCACGUUUGAGCUGGACAUUUAUUUCAUGGAUUGAAUAUCACUUGAGUUUCAUCUCUUUCACAUUUUGACUGCAGCGCCUCUGGGAGUUUUAUACACUGAUGUUUGCUAUGCAAUAGAUUUUAUCCUGGAUAAAUUCAGCCAGCUCAGGAUUUGUCCUGUGAACCACUGGUAUUUGAUGAGGUGGUUCUGGAUAGUAUGUGCCUAUUUUAGAAAUUAGGUUUCGUAGUGACUAUUAGGAGCCGUGGCUUCACUGCUGCCUCUUCCACAUCUUAGAACAGCAUCUGGCACACAGUUAAAUGUGCCUUGUUGGCUGAAUGUACAUAAGAGUUAGUGAGUGAGUGAAUGGACUUCCACAGUAUCUUCAACAUAUUCCUGCCUCCUUUUCAUAUAACUUUUUAAAAAUCUGUUUGUGAAAGUACCACAUGGUUAUUUCCUUACAUUUAUAAAAUACAGAAAUGGACAAAGAAAUAAAAUACAUCUAACUCCACCAUGCUAAGCGAACUAAGGAGGAGGUGUCUGGUCUACUUGCUCUGUGAGAGGGACCCCUACCAGCUGUACCAGCGCCUAGAACAGCAAGCCCGAGAGUACGUGCUGGAGAUGAAGGUGCGGCUGCUCCGGCAGCUGUCAGCUGCCGCCAAGGUGAAGGCACCGUCCGGCCUGCAGGGCCCACCGCAGGCACACCAGUUCAUCUCCCUGCUGCUGGAGGAGUAUGGCGCUCUGUGUCAGGCAGCGCGCUCCAUCAGCUCCUUCCUUGGCACUCUGGAAAAUGAACACUUGAAAAAGUUCCGGGUGACGUGGGAACUGCAUAAUAAACACCUAUUUGAAAAUCUGGUCUUUUCAGAGCCACUUCUCCAGAGCAACUUGCCGGCACUGGUAUCUCAGAUCAGGCUAGGGACCACCACACAUGACACAUGCAGUGAGGAUACCUACAGCACCCUGUUGCAGCGGUACCAGCGCUCAGAGGAGGAGCUGCGAGGCGUUGCCGAGGAGUGGCUGGAGUGCCAGAAGAGAAUUGACGCCUAUGUGGAUGAGCAGAUGGCAAUGAAAACCAAACAGCGCAUAUUAACAGAAGACUGGGAGCUUUUUAAACAAAGAAGAUUCAUGGAAGAGCAGUUAUCUAAUAAGAAAGCAGUGACUGGUGAGAAUAACUUUACAGACAGCAUGAGGCACAUGCUGUCCUCCCGGCUGACUGUGCCUGACUGCCCCAACUGCAACUACAGAAGGAGAUGUGCUUGUGAUGACUGCAGCCUUUCACACAUCCUCACUUGUGGGAUCAUGGAUCCUCCUGUCACUGAUGAUGUCCACACUCACCAGCUGCCACUCCAGGCAGACUCUGCUCCCGACUACCUCCCAGAGAUGCGCCCACCGAGCGUGUCAUCCGCAAGCUCAGGCUCAGCUUCCAGCUCGCCCAUCACAGUUCAGCAGCACCCCAGGCUCAUCCGAACAGACAGUGGCUCUGCACCAGCUUUCUGCAGUGACGAUGAUGAUGUGGCACCUUUGUCAGCUAAAUUUGCUGACAUUUACCCGCUGAGUAGCUAUGAUGAUGCUGAGGUGGCGGCCAGCAUGAACGGGAUCCACGGCGAGGCACACAGCGGUGGGGAAGGUGCGGCCCUGAAGGAGGAGUCCCCACAGGUGAGCAGCACCAGCAGUAGCUCUUCAGAAGCUGACGAUGAAGAUGCAGAUGGGGAAAGUAGCGGGGAGCCCCCAGGAGCCCUACAUGAAGAUGGGGCCCCAGGAAGCAGGAGCUCCAAGGAGGAGGGGAGUAAGGUGGACAGUCCUCCCACAUCUCAUCCGACACAGCAGGCUGAACAAGCUCCAAACACUUGUGAGUGUCAUGUUUGUAAACAAGAAGCUUCUGGACUGACACCAUCUGCAAUGACAGCUGGAGCCCUUCCUCUUGGUCACCAGUUCGUGACCCCAGAGAAGCCUGCACACCCUGCACUGCAUCUUUACCCCCACAUCCAUGGGCAUGUGCCGCUGCACACUGUCCCACACCUGCCACGCCCCCUCAUCCACCCUACCUUGUAUGCAGCACCCCCCUUCACACACAGUAAGGCUUUACCACCAGCACCUGUUCAGAAUCACACAAAUAAGCAUCAGGUAUUCAAUGCAUCUCUUCAAGACCAUAUUUAUCCAAGCUGUUUUGGGAAUACUCCAGAGUGGAAUAGUUCUAAAUUUAUAAGUCUUUGGGGAUCAGAAGUGAUGAAUGAUAAGAACUGGAAUCCUGGCACUUUCUUGCCAGAUACAAUUUCUGGGAGUGAUAUAUUAGGGCCUCCACUCUCAGAAACAAGACCCGAAGCCCUUCCACCUCCGGCCAGCAGUGAAACUCCUGCGGUUUUGGAUAAAGAGAAAAAAAAUGCUGCAAAAAAGAAAUGUUUGUAUAAUUUUCAAGAUGCUUUUAUGGAAGCAAACAAAGUUGUCAUGGCCACCUCCUCAGCUACGUCCUCUGUGUCCUGCACAGCUACCACAGUGCAGUCGAGCAAUAGCCAGUUCAAAGUAUCAUCCAAGAGACCUCCUUCCAUAGCCAUUGGCCAUGACUCUCGGUCUCUCGAUGUAGGCGAUGUCUUUCAUGGCCUCAGCAAGGAGGACCACAGACACUCAGCGCCAACAGCCCCGAGGAACAGCCCCACAGGACUGGCCCCGCUCCCAGCACUCUCUCCGGCUGUGCUGUCACCUGCCUCCACCCCUCACCUUGCAAAUAUCACAGCCCCAUCAUUUCCCAAAGCUGCAACCACAGCGCCUGGGUUUGUGGACACCCGCAAGAACUUCUGUCCUGCUCCUCUGCCCCCCACCACAGACGGCUCCAUCAGUGCCCCUCCAAGUGUCUGCAGCGACCCUGACUGUGAAGGACACCGCUGUGAGAACGGCGUCUACGACCCACAGCAAGAUGAUGGAGAUGAAAGCGGGGAUGAGGACAGCUGCUCUGAGCACAGUUCCAGCACCUCCACCUCCACCACCCAGAAGGAGGGCAAGUACUGUGACUGCUGCUACUGCGAGUUCUUCGGGCAUGGCGGGCCUCCAGCUGCACCAACAAGUAGAAAUUAUGCAGAAAUGAGAGAGAAGCUUCGUUUACGGCUGACCAAGAGGAAAGAAGAGCAGCCUAAAAAAAUGGAUCAGAUCUCGGAAAGGGAGAGUGUUGUCGACCAUCGAAGGGUGGAGGAUUUGUUACAGUUUAUAAACAGCUCAGAGACCAAACCAGUCAGCAGCACUCGAGCAGCCAAGCGAGCAAGGCACAAGCAGAGAAAGCUGGAGGAGAAAGCUCGCCUGGAAGCUAAGGCCAGGGCCCGGGAGCACCUGCACCUCCAGGAGGAGCAGAGGCGUCAGGAAGAAGAGGAGGAAGAGGAGGAGGAGGAGGAGGAGGACCAGCGUUUUAAGGAGGAAUUUCAGCGGCUUCAGGAGCUUCAGAAGCUAAGAGCUGUAAAAAAGAAGAAGAAGGAGAGACCCAGUAAAGACUGCCCCAAGUUGGACAUGCUUUCUGGGAGUCUCCAUGUAGCAACAGAGUCUCCUCCUAGCUCUGAAAAGACCCACAAUGGCUCCCUGGAGCAAACUGAAGGACCAGAAACCACCUCUCACUCCCCUUCCAGACACAUGAACCACACAGAGCCCGGGCCAGGAGCCGACAGGGUCGCUGCAAACCCUGUUGACGCCAGAGACUCCAAACCUCUCCUCCCCAAAGAGAUCACUGGGAAGCAGCAUGAGCCACUGUCUUUUUUCUUGGACAUAAUGCAUCAUCAUAAAGAGGGGAAUGGCAAACAGAAGCUGAAGCAGACGAGUAAGGCCAGCAGCGAGCCAGCGCGGAAACCCACAGAGCCCCCCAGAGCCACAGAGGGGCAGCCCAAACUCCGGGCCCAGACUGAGGCAAAGGCUAAAAUGGUUGAUCUAACUUCCCUCACAGAGCAGAAAAGAGAGGAGAGAAAAGUCAACAGUAAUAACAACAACAAAAAGCAGCUGAACCAUGUCAAGGAGGAAAAGUCAAAUGCAGCCCCUGCUGAGCCUGUCUCUCCGAGCGAGCUGCCACAGAGCAACAAGCUGCUGGCAGACUCCCCUCAGCCCAAAAGCAAGAACAAGAAAAAUAAGAAGAAGAAAGGAGACAGAGUCAGCAAUUCGAUUGAUGAUGUCUUUCUGCCCAAAGACAUCGACCUAGACAGUGUGGAUAUGGAUGAGACAGAGAGGGAAGUGGAGUAUUUCAAAAGAGACAGGGUCUUGCUAUGUUCCCCAGGCUGGUCUCCACUUCUGACCUCAAGCAAUCCUCCUGCUCAGCGAUCCAAAGUGCUAGGAUUACAGGUUCUGCUUGGAUUCUGCCAGACAGACCCGACAAAGACUGUCCAUCAACUGGUCCAAUUUUAGCUUGAAAAAAGCCACCUUUGCUGCCCACUGAAGGAGGCCGGCCUGGAGAGGGACGUGUGGGAGGCAGGCCAGGCUGUGCCACCCCAGAGCUGAGCCCAUUGCUGACCUCCCCAGCCACGGAGCUCACCCAGGCCUGCGUGGGGCGGGCACCACCGUCUGAGACCCUAGACCAAGAACUUGCUGCCCGGCCCACGCUGUUAGCUCGUGUGCGUGUAGUCUGUGCGUGAGACCCCUCGAUUGUAGCUCUGUGCUGUCGGAUUGCAACAGUAGUUCCUGCCAAGUCCUCCCACCACCACGGCCUCGGAGGUCUGGGCUGUGGCCAGAUAGGAGUUUGCAUCUUCCACAUGGUGCCGUCGCCUCUGCAUCACACCCUGUCCUGUCAUCUGUCCCACCGGGUGUUGGCCAUCACUCAGCUCUCGUGUGCCCCUGCAUCCACCUGAGGAGGGCUGGGCGGGGCAGGCCUCCUUCGCACUCCACAAUCUGCCGUCAGAGUGUACACGUCGCGCUGUCUGUGUUUGACCCCCUGACUUGUAGCCAGCUUGUGUAAGAUCCCUGCAGACAAGAAAGUUGAAAAACAAGAAACCCACCCAGUGCUCACACCAUCAAGUCCGUUAUAGAGUGUGCGACUGUGUUAACACGGAGGCCUGCCUGGCUACUUUUUUAACAUAUUGUUAAGUAAUAUUAAAAUCAUGUCUUUCUUUUUGAAAGAUGGAAUACAUUAGUACAGCAGGA